AUGCGACGGGACGACGCCGGCGGUGUAACCGGGUUCCACGACUUGUUUGACUCGGUGCGCCGCUCCAUCUCCUUCCGGCCCACCGCCGCCGCCGCCGCCGCCGCCCCGGAAGCCCCCGUGGGCCCAUUCGGCGCGGGGGCCGGGGGGAUCGGCGUGCGGAUCAGCUCUUCCCUCCGGAAGUCGCGGGGGAUGGGGCUGCUAGGUCUCAUCACCAAAAGCCCCUCGCCACCGCGCCGCAUGCUGCCGCCGGUGCCCGACGAGUCGGGCGGCGGCAGCGGAGGAGGGGGUGGGGGCGAAGGCGGAGGUGGAGGUGGAGAGGAGAACCCGCCGAUCCGGUGGCGGAAGGGGGAGCUCAUCGGGGCCGGUGCGUUCGGGCAGGUCUACCUCGGGAUGAACCUGGACUCGGGCGAGCUCCUCGCUGUCAAACAGGUUUUGAUCGGCAGGAGCAACGCGACACGGGAGAAGGCGCAAGCUCAUAUUAAAGAGCUCGAAGAAGAAGUGAAGCUGCUCAAGAACCUGUCUCACCCCAACAUCGUUAGGUAUCUUGGGACUGUUCGAGAGGAAGAUACACUAAACAUUUUGCUGGAAUUUGUCCCUGGAGGGUCUAUUCAGUCACUUUUGGGGAAGCUCGGUUCAUUCCCAGAGCCUGUCAUUAAGAAAUACACUAAGCAAAUUUUGCAAGGAUUGGAGUAUCUGCAUAGCAAUGCAAUAAUACAUAGAGAUAUAAAGGGUGCAAACAUUCUUGUUGAUAAUAAAGGGUGCAUCAAACUUGCUGAUUUUGGGGCUUCUAAGCAAGUGGAGAAGUUGGCUACUGUGACAGCAGCCAAAACAAUGAAAGGCACACCGUAUUGGAUGGCACCUGAAGUCAUUGUUGGGAGUGGGCAUAGCUUCUCUGCAGAUAUAUGGAGUGUAGGGUGCACAGUCAUUGAAAUGGCCACCGGCAAACCACCAUGGAGUCAGCAGUAUCAAGAGGUUGCUCUUCUAUUUCAUGUUGGAACCACAAAGUCGCAUCCACCUAUACCUGAACAUCUAUCGCCAGAGGCCAAAGAUUUUCUGCUGAAGUGCCUGCAGAAGGAACCAGAGCUGAGGUCUACUGCACCAGACUUAUUAAAGCAUCCUUUUGUCACUGGAGAAUUGGAUGACCUGCAGCCACUCAAUCAUGCUGCACACAAGGACUCUUUUAAUGAGAUUCCUGCAGAUGAUAUGCCAAAUGGCUUGGGUUUGAAUCAUUCUUCCAACUGGUCCACUAUGAACUCCAAUAAAUCAUCAAAAAUCAAGCCCUUAUGGGAGGGUAGCUGUGAUGAUGAUGACAUGUGUGAGUUUGCUGACAAGGAUGACUAUGCAGCAGUUGGAUCUAGCUAUAAUCCUAUGUCAGAACCAUUUGAUAACUGGGAAAACAAGUUUGAUAUAAGCCCAGAGCAAAAUUCUCAUCAACCAAUGGAACUUGGUGAAUUGGCCAAACAUGCUGAAAGCAGCAUAACUGAGAAUGAUUUUACGUUCCCUGUUGAGGGAAGUUGUGAAGAUGAUGAUGUACUUACGGAGUCAAAAAUAAAGGCAUUUCUUGAGGAGAAGGCUCUUGACCUGAAAAAGCUACAAACACCUUUGUAUGAGGAGUUCUACAACACUGUGCAUGGAGGGAGUUGUCAGGGAGCUGAUCAAACUUCCAAGGGAAAACUCCCAAUUAGUCCAAAAUUGCCCCCUCGAGGAAAGUCACCUCCAAGUAAGACACGCGGUGGUGCAUGCGAUACUUUGAAUAACACAGCUCCCGAAAGCUGCAGCAAGCAAUUUCCAAGAAGCAGUAUGGUGGAGAGCAGCCGAAUUUUGAGAGAAAUUGCUUCUCCUCAACUUAAUGAGUUUGCGGACAAAAUCCAUCUUGAUGCCCAAGAUAGCCCAAGCAUCAGCUUCACCGAAAGGCAGAGGAAGUGGAAAGAAGAGUUGGACCAGGAACUUGAGAGGGAGAGAGAAGACACAACAGCUGAUAGUAACUACACAAUGCCAGAGAUUGGCAGCAACAGCAGUACAGCCUGCAGCGCCUUACCAUUUGCGGUAUUAGCCAAGCUAUGA